UUUACAACUGACAGUUACGUAAAAUUUAUAUUUUUGUGUGCGACUAGGGCAACCAGUGAUCACUGAGGGCGGCCAUAUUUUGCUCUGGUUUCCGGGCUUGGCUACACUCUCCCUGGACGCACUCUGGACUUGGCAGAGCAGAACCAUUGGAUGACCCACCAUAAAUAAAUAAUAAUUAUCACGUAAAUAUGAAUUAUGUUGAAAAUAUUGUUCCUUAAUACACAGAUUUACAAUUUCGUGAGCAUAUACAAUUAUGUAUCUCCUAAUUUUCAAUUACUUUAUAAUUAAAACCAUUGUAAAAUAAAUAUUUUCAAAUAAUCGCGCCAUUACAAUAUAUUUCUUAAACACGUUCAAUAUUGAAGCGAUACAAAUACUACGUUCAAUAAAAUGGCGACCGCUUCGUCAACACGUUGAAGUUUAGCCUAAAUUGACAUGACGUUCACCAGAAAAAUCUUAAACAGUUGCAGAGCGCUGACGUAGCGCACUGGUCUGGUGAACGCACCCAAAUAUUACCGCUUCAUUUAGCAUUGCCGGAUGAAAAUUAAGGUUCCCAUAUGACGUCACGCGUUCGCCUUCCAUGCGUGCGAACAUAUCGGUUCUCUGUGUACCGUGAUGAUGAAUAAGAAGAAGAAGAAAUUCUCACUUCUACUUAUAACCUAACCUUAGAAUCUUAGAUACAAGUUGAUUUUAUAGCAAGUUUAGUAUUUCUUUGAUAUUUCUAAUUUUUAUUCAUUUAUCAUAUUAUACUUUAUAGUUGAAGACUGUGGUUGAAGGUUGAAAGUUGCUACCAACAUCAAUAUAAUAUCUUGAAGACUAUAAAAUAAUUGAACUGGAAGAAGCAAAUCACCCAGUUAUGGAAGAUAAACUUAAAAUUAAGGAAGAAUUAUUUGAGGAACAUAAACACACAUCUAUGGAGAACCAGUCAUCCAUCUCAAUAGAUCUUGAAGACUGUAAAAACAAAGCAGAAGUAACAAAUAAUUACUCAGUUAUGGAAGGUAAACUUAAAAUUAAGGAAGAAAUUGAGGAACAUGAACACACAUGUAUGGAGACCCAGUUAUCCAUCUCAUCAGAUCAUGAAGACUGUAAAAACAAAGCAGAAGAAACAAAUUACUCAGUUGUGGAAGGUAAACUUGAAAUCAAGGAGGAAUUUGAGGAACAUGAACACAAAUAUAUGGAGAAUCAGCCAUCCACCUCAAUAGAUCUUGAAGACUAUAAAACCGAAUCAGAAGAAGCAGAUUACUCGGGAGAGAUUAAUAAAUCAGGAUUCCUUCAAAAAGAAAAUACCUUGGAAAUAAUGGAAACAUUACUUGGGUGUUUAUGUAGUAAAGGACAACUUGAGAGUCGACCUGAUGAAGAAAAAACUAUGAUGUGUGAAAUCUGUGUUAAACGGUUUUGUUGCAAAGAUAAUUUGAACAAACAUAUGAAAACACAUACCGGUCAAAUUUUCAAAUGUAGAGUUUGUUUUAAGCAGUUUUCACAAAUAAGUUCUUUAAAAACACAUUUGAAAACGCACACGGAAGAAAAAGCUCACAAGUGUGAAAUUUGUUUUAAGGGGUUUACACAAAAAAGUUAUCUAAAAGCUCAUUUGAGAACACACACGGGAAAAAAACCUCAUAAGUGUGAAAUUUGUUUUAAGCAAUUUUCUGCAUUAGGGCAUUUAAAAAAACAUUUGAGAACGCACACAGGAGAAAAACGUCACAACUGUGAAAUUUGUUUUAAGCAAUUUACUGAUGCAGGUAAUCUAAAAACACAUUUAAGAACGCACACGGGAGAAAAACCUUACAAGUGCGAAAUUUGUUUUAAAGAAUUUUCUGUAUUAUCAAAUUUAAAACAACAUUGGAGAACGCACACGGGAGAAAAACCUCAUAAGUGUAAAAUUUGUUUUAGGGGGUUUUCUGCAUUAGCGGAUUUAAAAAAACAUUUGAGAACGCACACGGGAGAAAAACCUCACAAGUGUGAAAUUUGUUUGAAGCAAUUUAGUCGAACAAGUUCUUUGAAAACACAUUUGAGGGUGCACAACGGAGAAAAAUCUCACAAAUGUGAAAUUUGUUUUAAGCAAUUUAAUCAAGCAGGUCAUUUAAAAAGACAUUUGAGAGUGCAUAGAAUUUAUUUGUUUGAAACGGUGGUCUGAAUAACAACUUUAAAAAUAACAAAGUACUCGACUCUACGAAUGUACAAGGUUUGUUAAAAAAUUAAUGUUAAAAAUCUUUAUUGGACGUGUUUCGGCUCAACAAGAGCCAUCUUCAGCAAUGUACAGGAAACACAACAAAAACUGACCCAACAGGAAGGAGAAAGAAGCGAUUAAGCAUGGAUGACAAAAUGUACUACACAAACAUUUAAAAUGACUAUUCUUGAGCUAUUAUAUUACAUGGUAUCUCUCAGUCGAUGGUGGUUUAAUGUGUAAUUUAUAGGUACAUGUUAGUCGGGAGGAGCCAUCUUGUGAACAACCAGAGGGAGAGAUAGCAUGUAAUAUAAUAGCUCAAGAAUAGUCAUUUUAAAUGUUUGUGUAGUACAUUUUGUCAUCCAGGCUUAAUCGCUUCAUUCUCCUUCCUGUUUGGGUCAGUUUGUGUUGUAUUUCCUGUACAUUGCUGAUGAUACGCGUACGAAACGCGUCCAACAAAUAUUUUUAACAAAUAACUUUUUAAUAAACCUUGUGGUACAUUCUUAGAGUCGAGUAUUUUGUUACCUCUAUCCAGACCACAUUUGUGAAUCAUGGAUACUUCUUUUAUGCCUUUAAAAAUACAUUUAAGGGCGCACAAGGGGCAAACAUCACAAGUGUGAAAUUUUUUUUAAGCAGUUUCACCAAGCAGCUUUACAGAGAGCGUAUCCUGGAGAAAAUCUUUCUUCCUCUAUAUAUGCUUUAUUCCAAUUUUUGGUUGCUUAUUAGAAUUGUCUUAUUUUUUUUUAAUUUCUUUUCUAGGUUUUUGUAUUUUAUCUUCAGUUUUCUCCUGAAUUUGAUCUCUCCGGCUGAUUUCUGGUGAUGGGUAGCAUGUAAACCCUCAAUUUCAAAUUUUAGCCCAAAAUGUUAACCCUAGCCCUUGUCUAAAGCCCCCAAAAUUUUUUUUUGGGUUUUUUAAAAGAUUUUUAAUUAUUUUUCUCUACUUUUUUUUAUCUCCCCAGCAGUUUUCUGGUGAUGGUUAGCCUAUAAACCCUCAAUUUCAAAUUUCAUCCCAAAAUGUUAACCUUUGCUCCAUGUAUAAAUGUCUGUAUGUACUGUGUAUAUGUACUAUAUAAACUGAUAAUUAACUGUCGAUUAUGGUAGGGGAGCAAAGUAUGCUAAACGUGCAGUCACUCGAGCGUUAUGGGGACCUAUUGGGUUGUGAAGAGUAGGUCCUAAAACCAAAAAAAGUUAAGUAAAGUUUUCUAUUUUAGUUGGAACUUUCCAUGUUUAAUUUAAUUUUCCAUUUACAACAAUCGUUUUUAGAUUAUAGCGCCAUCUAUCCAUAAUUCGAAAAAAUGUCUCGAAUAAAAGUUACUUAUUUUUACGUAAGGAAUCCAAAUCUGCAAUAAAAAAAUGGGGGCUCUCAUUUAAGAUUUUAAAGUACCCCCCACCCAACCUCCGUGGGGGGUCGUGUUUGAUACCAUUCGAUAGAUUUUUCAAAGAUAUUGAAUAAGUGUAUUUUUCAGUUUUUCGAUCUGAUACUCAUAUCGCGGGAUUCUUAUUUAAAAUUUUAAAUUUACCGCCCACCCCUCUUCGUGAGAAGUCGUGUUUGGUAUCAUUCGAUAGAUUUUUAAAAAAUAUUGAGCACGUAUUUUUUAGUUUUCCGAUCUGUCAUUCAUUUCGCGAAAUAUUUGCAUUUUUCUUGUCAAACUUUGGAACACCCAUUUCCUCACGCCCCGCUCAAAUCUUCAGAUUUUUGAAAUAUACACUGUUUUGCAUGUACUUAACACAUUCACGGUCAUGAUUGCAUAUGAAGUCAAAAACUCCAUAAGACGUGGCUACAUGUGAAGCGUGUCCGUGAAUGUGUUAACUUACCUUAUCUUAAUCUGACGAUUUUAGAGUUUUUCUAAGGAUAUAUUUUUUUUCGGCCCCCCUUAACGAACAUAACGAACAUGCAUUAAGAGCCAAUAUAUGGUAGAGGCACAUUUUGAGGGUACAAGGUUUCUCCCCAUGUGAUAAUCUGGCGCGCUCGAGUAACUGCAAAAAUCCCCGAUUGGGCUCCCCUACCAUUAGGAUUCAACCGAUGAAAUGUCCAACCGAUUUUGACAUCUCUGUAUUAUAGGAUGAUUUUUUAGUAUAAUUUUUUAAGAAAACGCUGUUUGGAAAAUAUAUAAAUAAAUUGCUUAGUAAUGCACUCCAAAGUCCACUUUACAGUUGCAAUAAUUUUGUUAUAAUUAUAUUUUUUUACUAUUGAUGUAGAUGUAGAUCAUUAUCUUUAAUGUUCAACACAUUUUAGAUAUUGUAAAAUUUAAUUGUGCGAAAUUCGGUGAAUAGCCAAAUACUUUUGAUAAUUUCUGUUUUAUAGUUUGUAAAUUAAAGCUUUUAGUAAAACACCAAGUUUUAUAUUUUGGUUUUUUAUUUUAGGCUUUCCCCAAAAUGAAAAUACUUUGGAAAUAAUGAAAACAUCACCUGGGUACUUAUGUAGUACAUCACAAUUUAUGAGUCGACCUGAUGAAGAAAAAACAAUGAAGUGUGAAAUCUGUGUUAAGCGGUUUUCUUGCAAAGAUAUUUUAAACAAACAUAUGAGAACACAUACCGGUCAAAUUUUCAAAUGCAAAGUUUGUUUUAAGCAGUUUUUACAUAAAAGUUCUUUAAAAAUACAUUUGAGAACGCAUACAGUAGAGAAACCUCACAAGUGUGAAAUUUGUUUUAAGGGGUUUUCACAAAUAGGUAAUUUAAAAGCUCAUUUGAGAACACACACGGGAAAAAAACCGCACAAAUGUGAAAUUUGUUUUAAGCAGUUUUCUGUAUUAUCCAAUUUAAAACAACAUUUGAGAACGCACACGGGAGAAAAAUCUCACAAGUGUGAAAUUUGUUUUAAGCAAUUUUAUGUAUUAGCGGAUUUAAAACAACAUUUGAGAACGCACACGGGAGAAAAACCUUACAAAUGCGAAAUUUGUUUUAAAGAAUUUUCUGUAUUAGCAAAUUUAAAACUACAUUUGAGAACGCACACGGGAGAAAAACCUCAUAAGUGUGAAAUUUGUUUUAAGGGGUUUUCUGCAUUAGCGGAUUUAAAAAAACAUUUGAGAACGCACACGGGAGAAAAACCUCACAAGUGUGAAAUUUGUUUUAAACGAUUUAGUGAAGCAGGUAAUCUAAAAAAACAUUUGAGAGUACACACCGGAGAAAAACCUCACAUGUGCAAAAUUUGUUUUAAGCAAUUUAGUCAAGCAGUUAGUUUAAACAGACAUUUGAAAGUGCAUACAGGAAAAAAACCACAAACGUGAAAUUUGUUUUAAGCAGUUUAGUCAAGCAUUUCAUUUAAAAAGACAUUUGAGAGAGCAUAGAAUUUAUUUGUUUUAAACGGUUUUCUGAAUAACAACUUUAAAAAUACAUUUAAGGACGCACACGUGGCAAACAUCACAAGUGUGAAUUUUUUUUAGAAUAGAAUAGAAAUAUGCUUUAUUGUCACUGAAAAUUUUUACAAUUUUAUGGACAAACAACUACAAUUUACUAAAAUUAGAUAAAUCGUCAAUAUAUGUACAGUAUAAUAUAAGAUAUAAAAGCCAAGACAAAAACAAUAUAUUGCAAAAUUUAUAUAAAUUGCAAAUUGAACAUACAACAAAUAAAAUAAAAUACAUAAGGAACUGACAAGUUUAUGCUACUGCGUAUGAAACCCAAUUUUCCUAGUUAUUCAUUAAGAAAUUCUUCUAUUGAAUAGUAUGGUCUUUUAGAUAGAUAGGCUUUUGUCAUUUUACGGAACUUUGGGAAAGAUGUUGCAGAUUUAAGUUGUAACGGGAGAUGGUUGUACAGUUUCUUUGCGGAAUAUGAUAUAGAUUUCUUUACUAACUCAGUGGAUGGAAUCGGUAAAUAAAUGUCAAAGAUUGACUUUCUGGUGGAGUAAAGAUUAUUGGGCCUUGCUAGAAAGACACGAAGGUGUUUACGAAUUAAACAAACCGUUUCUAGAAUAUAUAAAGAUGGAAGUGUUAAAAUUCCGUGAUCUCUGAAGUAUCUUCUGCAAUGUGUAGAUCUUCUGAGGCCAAACAGAUAUCUUAUUGCUUUUUUUUGCAAUUUAAAAAUAACAUCAAAUUUAGGAGCUGUACUAGAACCCCAAAAAGGAAGACCAUAUCGAAGAUGAGACUCGAACAACGAAAAAUAUGUUAUUUUAGAAUAUGCUAAAUUGAGUUUCCUUGAGACAGAUCUUAUUGCAUAGCAAGCUGAGGCGAGUUUCUUACUUAACGAAUCGAUAUGAAGGGACCAUUUGAGGUUGCUGUCUAAAAAAAUACCAAGAAAUUUUACAGAAUCAACGGUACUGAUCUGGCUGUUAUUAAGAGGCAAAGGUUGAAGAGCUCCUUUAUAGGAUAAUGCUACUGUUUUGUCAUUAUUAAAGGAGAGUAAAUUAGAGUCAGACCAGGUCUUUAUCGUCAGUAGAUCCGAAGUUAUAGUUUCAUGAAGAGAUGCAAUAGUUGAGUUGCUCCAAGUGAUACACUGGUAUCAUCAGCAAAAAGAAAAAUUUUCCCAUCGAUUUUUAAAUUAGUGAUGUCAUUUAUAAAGAUAAGGAACAGAAGAGGACCCAAUACUGAACCUUGUGGUACUCCACGUACAAUGUUUUUGAGACUAGAGUCAGUAUCAUUUGCUCUAACUAGUUGUUUCCUAUUAUUCAAGUAGGAUUGGAACCAAUUUAAAGAAAUACCUCGAAUUCCAUAGAAAUUUAGUUUUGUAAUCAAUAUGUCGUGAUUUACACAAUCAAAAGCUUUGGCAUAGUCGCAGAAAGCAGUGGCAUUAUAAAGAUUAUUGUUUAGUGAUUGGUAAACCUCAUGUAGUACAGAAAACAUGGCAUCAGUGGUACAAUUAUUUGUUAAAAAGUCGAACUGAUUUUGUGAUAAAAUGUUGUUAACAACGAUAAAGGACAUAAGUCAAGUUUUAAUGAAUCUCUCAAUAAUUUUGGAGAGUACCGGUAGUAAGACAAUAGGUCUAUAGUUGCAGGCAUCAGAUUUUUUAUCACCCUUAUGAAGAGGAAUAAUAAUGGCUGUCUUUAGGCACUCUGGAAAUUUACCUUUUUUGAAGGAAUCAUUAAUUAAAAAGACGAAACACAUUUUCUGUGAGAUUAGAGAAAAUUUUUAUAGAUAGUCCAUCAGUACUACAAGAUGAUUUGCUUUUGAUACUAUUGAUUGUUUGGAUCAGUUCAGAGUUAUCGACUGGUCUGACUGUUAAAUAAUAAAAAUAAUGAAUUCGAGACCUUUCUUGAGUUAGGGAGCUAGAAAAUGGGAUCUUGUUGCGGCCAAAUAGUUGAUAAUAUAUUUUUACUCACAUUAACGAAGUAGUCGUUUAGAUUUUCAGGAUUUGGAAGGGAAAAUGAUUGAAUUUCGAAGAUCGUUUAUUAUAGACCAAGUUUCUUUUGCAACACUUUUAGAGCUUUCCAGACGAUUUUGAUAAUAGGCUUUUACGCAGUUUCACCAAGCAGUUUAACAAAAAGCGUAGGUAUCCUGGAGAAAAUCUUUCUUCCUCUAUAUAUAGCUAUUUUGUAUUGGUAUGCUUUAUUCCAAUUUUUGGUUGCUUAUUAGAAUUGUCUUAUUUUUUUUUUAAUUUCUCUUCUAUAUUUUUGUAUUUUAUCUUCAGGUUUCGCCUGGAUUUGAUCUCUCCGACUGAUUUCUGGUGAUGGGUAGCAUGUAAACCCUCAAUUUCAAAUUUCAGCCCAAAAUGUUAACCCUAAACCUUGUCUAAAACCCUUAAAAAAAUUUUUUGGGUUUUUUAAAGAUUUUUAAUUAUUUUUCUCUUCUCUUUUUUUAUCUCCCUGGCAGUUUUCUGGUGAAAGUUAGCCUAUAAACCCCUUAAUUUCAAAUUUCAGCCCAAAAUGUUAACCCUAGCCCUUGUCUAAAACCCCCAAAAAAUUUUUUUUGGGUUUUUUAAAGAUUUUUAAUUAUUUUUCUCUUAUCAUUUUUUUAUCUCCCCCGGCAGUUUUUUGGUGAUGGUUAGCCUAUAAACACUCAAUUUCAAAUUUCAUCCCAAAAUGUUAACAUUUGCUCCAUGUAUAAAUGUCUGUAUGUACUGUGUAUAUGUACUAUAUAAACUGAUAAUUAACUGUCUCGAUUAUGGUAGGGGAGCUAAACGUAUGCUAAAAGUAUGCUAAACGUGCAGUCACUCGAACGUUAUGGGGACCUAUUGGGUUGUGAAGAGUAAGUCCUAAAACCAAAAAAAGUUAAGUAAAGUUUUCCAUUUUAGUUGGAACUUUCCAUGUUUAAUUUAAUUUUCCAUUUACAACAAUCGUUUUUAGAUUAUAGCGCCAUCUAUCAAUAAUUCGAAAAAAUGUCUCGAAUAAAAGUUACUUAUUUUUAAGUAAGGAAUCCAAAUCUGCAAUAAAAAAAUGGGGGCUCUCAUUUAAGAUUUUAAAGUACCCCCCACCCAACCUCCGUGGGGGGUCGUGUCCCCCACCCAACCUCCGUGGGGGUCGUGUUUGAUGCCAUUCGAUAGAUUUUUCAAAAAUAUUGAAUACGUGUAUUUUUCAGUUUUUCGAUCUGAUGUUCAUAUCGCGGGAUUCGUAUUUAAAAUUUUAAAUUUACCCCCCACCCCUCUCCGUGAGAAGACGUGUUUGGUAUCAUUCGAUAGAUUUUUGAAAAAUAUUAACCACGUAUUUUUUAGUUUUCCGAUCUGUCAUUCAUUUCGCGAAAUAUUCGAAUUUUUCUUGUGAAACUUUGGAACACCCAUUUCCUUACUCCCCGCUCAAAUCGUCAGAUUUUUGAAAUAUACACUGUUUUGCAUGUACUUAACACAUUCACGGUCAUGACUGCAUAUGAAGUAUGUAUCCACUUUACAGUUGCAAUAAUUUUGUUAUAAUUAUAAUUUUUUUACUGUUGAUCAUUAUCUUUAAUAUUCAACACAUUUUAGAUAUUGUAAAAUUUAAUUGUGUGAAAUG